CUGAAGACGAUGAUGAUAAUGCGCGGCAGCAGCAGAGGACGAAGAGGUAUGCCUUUCCGUCUCUUUGAUGAUUUAGUCAGCCAUAACUCGGCCUUGUUUCAUUCUCAAACCUCUAAACCAAAGUCUACAACCACCCAAGUUGCCCAGAUCGGGACAGAGCUCAAUAUCAGUAAUCUUGAAUAUGCCCGCAAGGUGUUCAAUGAAUUGCUUCACAGGCGUCCUCGGCCUUCUGUUGUUCUUUUCAAUCAAGUCUUGUGUCAAGUCGUGGAGCUGAAGCACUAUGCGGAAGCCAUCACUUUGUUUCAACAAAUGCGUCUCUCUGGAAUUAGUCCCAGUAAUUAUUCUCUAAAUAUACUCAUGAACUGCUAUUCCCAUUUGAACCGAGUUGGGUUCAGUCUAUCCGUAUUGGGUCUGUUCUUCAAAUCUGGUCUCCAACCGGAUGACACGACUUUUACCACUCUUAUCAAAGGCUUUCUUCUUCAGAACAGAGAGGCCAAUGCUGCAUUAGUUUUCAGAAAAAUGGUGGAGGCAGGUAUUCAGCCCAAUGUGUUCACUUUCGGCAAAUUGAUAAAGCGCUUGUGCAGCAAGGGUAACAAUGUUGCAGCCAUUCAAUUGUUAAGAAGAAUGGAAGGAGGACCUUGCAAGCCUGAUGUAGUUGUGUACAGCAUGAUCAUCGAUAGUCUCUGUAAGAAUGCCAUGAUUGUAGACGCACUGAACCUCUUCUCUGAAAUGCUCAGUAAGAGAAUUACCCCAAACGUCAUUACAUAUACCUCUUUGAUUGAUGGACUUUGCAAAGUAGGACACUGGAAACAGGCUACAAGGUUGUUGAAUGAAAUGGUGAGUCGAAAUAUUAUUCCAAAUGUUCACACCUUCGGUCUCUUGGUUGAUUCCUUCUGUAAAGCAGGGAAGGUUCUGGAAGCUGAAACUGUGAUUCAAAUGAUGAUUCGCACAGAUAUGGAACCUAAUGUGGUUACAUACAAUUCACUUAUGGAUGGUUAUUGUUUGUGCGGAGAAAUGAGCAAGGCAAAAGUAGUUUUUGAUCGGAUGGUUAGCAACGGCUACCUGGUUAACGUUCACAGUUAUAACAUAUUGAUACAUGGAUAUUGUAAGCAGAAAGAGAUUGAUGAGGCAACAAUUCUUUUUCAGGAAAUGUCUCACAAAGGAAUUGUUCCAAAUACUGUUAGUUAUAACACUCUUGUGGAUGGUUUCUGCAAAGUCGGGAGGAUACAAAGUGCAAAGAAGUUGUUCUCGGAUAUACAAGCUUGUGGUCAACUUCCAGAUGUUCAAACUUAUGCUAUUUUACUGGAAGGCAUAUGUAAAAACCAACAGCUUUCAAUGGCAGUUGAAUUGGUUAGAGAGAUGGAAGGCAAAAAGUUGUAUCUGGAUAUUGUAGUGUACAAUACUCUUAUUCAGGGUUUGUGCAAAGAUGGACAGAUUGAAUAUGCAAAAGAAGUCUUCUGUGGGUUAUCAUCCAGGGGACUUCAACCUGAUGUCCGGACAUAUAACAUAUUGAUCAAGGGGCUUUGUCAUGGAGGCCUAAUGAGUGACGCAGUGAAGUUGCUAAAAGAAAUGGAAGAGAAAGGAUAUCGUCCAGAUGGUUGUACUUAUAACAUGUUUAUCCUGGGGUUGAUUAAGGAUAAUGAGACAGUACGGGCAAAGAAACUUAUUCAACAUAUGGUGGAGAGUGGUUUCCCUGCAGAUGCAACUGUGGGAUUGAUAGCUGAAUUUUUCCCUAAAGUGAAAGGAUAUCGUCUAGAUGGUUAUAACACGUUUAUCCUGGGGUUGAUCAAGAAUAAGAGACAGUACGGGCAAAGAAACUUAUUCAACAUAUGGUGGAGAGGGGUUUCUCUGCAGAUGCUACUGAGGGAUUGA